AUCUUGAAUUUCAGAAGAAGAGCGCCGCGCAAUACAGAAUUUCUAAUUUUAAAUAAAUAUACAAAUACAUGAACUACGACUUUUUAACGUAGUGCCCCGCGGCCUAGCAGGAAACGGCUAUAAAAACGAAGGCCGAACUGCUAGAUUGUUUCAUCGCCAGCCACGAUCAAGGCUUAGGCUUAAGUUUCUGCUUUGCAGCCCAGAUCGAGAAGAAACCUUUCCUACUCGUCGUAGUCGAUUAUAUUAUUCCGGCGACCACCGCAUGGACGACCGGCGCUAUUCCGGGCUAACCAAGGUAGGCUUCGGUGUCAUGGCGUGCAGCUCAGCGCUCGCCGUCUGCAAAUCCUGGGGAGGCGCCAGCUCCGUCGCGUUCGUGCUCGUCGCCGACGCGGCACUCGUCCUCCUCUUCGCCUGCCUCCGUGAGCUCGACCGCCGCUGCCGUGCUGAUGGCGGUGCCGCCGCCGCAGCAGGCAGCGGCAGCGUCAAGGCCGCGGUGUGGGCGCUCACCACGCUGCUCACGGCGAUGUUCGCCUACGCCUCGAGGGUGGCGCCGCUGCUGCCGCUGGUCGUCGGCGCCAUCAUCUUCCUCUGCCUCAGCGAGUCCGAGUGGGCCCAGAUCGGCUUGGGAGGAAACUAUGCUGCUGAGCUGCUCAAGAUGGGCUUCGGCGUCGUGGCGUGCGACUCCGCCCUCGCCCACCACCACGCCCGCGGCGAGGGCGACGCGGGCUCCCUGGCGUUCGUCUUCUUCGCAUACGUGGGUUUCCUGACGCUCACCUGGCUCUUCCUCCGUCGCUUCGACGGCCGCGCCCGCGGGGCCGAGCAGUGAGGCAAUGGCACGACCAAAUGAAUAAAUGCCGCGGCCUGGGCGCUCACCGCGCUCUGCUCACCGGGAUGUUCACGUCCAGGGUGGCUCCGGUCAUGCCGCCGCCAGUGGACGCUCCGGUCUGGGGCAUGGCCGUGGCCACGGCCGCCGGUGGGCUGCGGGCGUUGUUCUGAGACUAGCUAGCUAAUCCAUAGGUUGAAAUGGUGCGUGAUCUGUAUUUGCCUGUCGUCGCUUUGUAUGAUUGUAUUUGUACUUGUACAAUCGAUUUGCUGUGAGGUACAGUACAGAAUGGUAUUCCUUGCUGGGUCACCUCUGUUUCUUCUUCUGGAACUGGAUUCCACAUCAUCACAUUCCUUGCAUGCCAACGAAGUGUUCAUCAAAACGGAAUCUGUUUGCAGCUGCGACCAGAUGACAAACACCGCUACUUUAUUCGAUUUUAAUCACUCACGCAGAAAUGACGAUUACUGGGCACAACAG